UUCAACUUCAGUCCCAGGAUGACUUCAGUGCUCUGUCCUCAUUUUAGCUCCAGAAAGUCCUCCCAUUUAGCCUCUUUACUAUUUCUCCUUCUGCUUGCUGGGCCAAGCAGCACAGUAGUACUUGGUCCUAGUGCUGGUGGAGUAAAGGCAGGGCUGGAGGGACGAGCAAGAGCUGAGGGUAGGAUUAGAUCUGGGGUGAAGGACAAGAGCUGGGACAGGGCAAGUACUGAGGGCAAUACUGAAACUGGAUAUGGAAAUACUCGUGUUUCUAGACCAGGAGCUGCAGCAGGAGAGGACGAUGAUGUGUGGGGGGACCCUGGUACUACUACAGGCUUCAGGUCCAUGCUUUCUAUAGGAGAAGGUGGACUGUGGGAGCCCCGCAGCUCCUCUCGAUGUGUGCGCAUCCCGUCCGGCAUGGCCUUGUGCCAAAACAUCGGUUAUGACACGAUGAGGAUGCCCAACCUGCUGGGCCAUGAGUCUCCGGCUGAGGCUGUACAACAGAGUGCCAGCUGGUUGCCACUACUUGCCAGAGAGUGCCACCCUGAUGCCCGCAUCUUUCUCUGCUCUCUCUUUGCACCCAUCUGCCUUGACAGGUUUAUAUCACCUUGCAGGAGUUUGUGCGAAUCUGUACGGGACAGCUGUGCUCCAAUCAUGAGUUGCUAUGGCUACCCGUGGCCAGAAAUUCUGCGCUGUGACCAGUAUCCUGCAGACCAUCUCAUGUGUAUCUCCUCCAUCACCAACACUAGUGUUCACACUGGGGGGCGUAGAGUGCCUCUGGCAAGCUGUCGGGACUGUGAGCUGGAAGAGGCUUCCUCUACUAAAGAUACACUGGAGACCUUUUGUAGGAGUGAUUUUGUUGUGAAACUGCGUCUUACACAGCUCAAGUAUACUCCGGUAAGCCUGUCGCAGUUCUCGUUGGCUGCCAAACUGGAUGUUCUGAAGCAUGGACCCCUGUUAGGUGGGCAGAUCCGCUCCCACAUCGAGCUGUGGCUAGAGAGGGAUGCCACCUGUGUACGGAACAUGACACGGAACCACCCACGAGGCGGCACCUUCCUCGUGACAGGAACAGUGCAGGGGGGGCGCGUGGUGGUCAAUAAGGCUUAUGCCUGGCAAAGACGGGACAAGAACCUGAUGGCAGCUGCGCGCAAAUGGAAGCAUCACAGAUGCAGGAGCUAAGAUUAUGUCGAAUAUGUAACAAGCAUUAAACAACUAUGAUUAGGGGAAGCUUAGGGAUAGCAUACAGAAUUUAACCAUAAGCAACAAACUGUCAAUAAUGCUUUUUCUAGUCUUUACAAAUCAUGUUCAAACUUCUGUGAUAAUGGAAGAGAUAAUAUGCAAUACGCUGGUCACACAGGAACUCAUCAAGUAUCAACACUGCCUCUCAGGCAGUGGAGGUAACAGAAAUAUGUAAAGAAAUAGCAAAUGUACAUAUCUGUGAAUUUUAAGUAAAUAUUGCUGGUCUAUAUUUGUAUGACUUUGAGAGUAAUUAAACUUUGUGCUCUACAGUAAAUCCUGAAAAAUGAAUUCAUA